UAUAUCUGCUUUAAACCCACUUUAACCUUCGUUCUCUAUUCUACACUCCCCCAUAUGAACGCCAUUUGGCAUUUACUAUAUUUUUAUUUUCUAUACACGGAUACACCAGUCAGUCGACAAGCGUUGGUGGCGUUGGGUCAUCUUGAAAAGCCUUUAGUACAGUUUUAGCUAUAGGAUACUUGUUUUUUUUUUCUUUAACUCAUAACAAUAUCUACACGUUUAUAACGAUAUAUAUAUGAGCGGAUACACGCGUUAACGGAGCGUAAAGCCGCUUUUUGAAAAUUGCAGUUUUGUGAAUUAGCUUAUGUUUUUAAUCGUCUGUAAAAAGUGCAAAAGUAUAUAAGCAAUUAUUUUAAUUAUUUUGCCAAAAUAUUAAAAAAAUGGUACGUGGUCUCUCUCAAUGGACAAAAACUCUGAGCUUUCCUGCCAGAAUUUCGCCUCAAAAAUCAAGUAAAGACACAAAGUUUUAUGUCAAUACCUCAAAUACAAGCCUAGCCAACGAUAAGAUUGAUAGAACUCCAAUUAUUAUUGAUGAGACUUUACACAAUCCAGAAGCGGAAAAAGCAUUAAUGGGGUCUAUUGUUUACUGCAUACAUCACAAAGACGGAUGUAAAUGGUCUGAUGAGUUGAGAAGACUAAAGGCUCACUUAAACACAUGCAAGCAUGAUGCAGUAUCUUGUAAUAACAGAUGUGGUGCUAUGAUACCUCGAUUAUUAAUGGAGGAUCACUUAAAAUACACUUGUGCUCAACGACGUACCCGAUGUGACUUCUGUACCAAAGAUUUUACUGGACAAACAUUAGAGAAACAUGAAGGUUUAUGUGGAUAUGAGCCACUCUAUUGUGAAAAUAAAUGUGGAAUGAAAAUUCAGCGGCGGAAUGUAGAACAGCACAAACUAAGUGAAUGUGGAAAGAGACUUGUUGCUUGCAGAUAUUGUUUUAAAGAAUUCGUAUUUGAUACCCUAGAAGUUCAUCAUACAAAAUGUGGUCAUUUCCCUGUUGCUUGUCCACACAGAUGUGAAACAGAAUUUUUACCACGAGAAGAUUUAGAAAUUCAUCUCAAAGAUCAUUGCACAACUCAUCUACUUUCAUGUAGUUUCAAAGAUGCUGGAUGUAGAUUUAAGGGAAAUCGUUUGACGUUAGACAGGCAUAUGGAAGAAUCUACUAAGAUGCAUUUAAGUUUAAUGUGUAGUGUUGUAACGAAACAGCAUCAUCAGAUAACAAGCCUAAAAUCAGUCAUGAAUAAACUUUCUAUAAAUUAUACGGGUACACUUAUAUGGAAAGUGAGUGAUUAUGGUGCCAAGAUGACUGAAGCAAAAACCAAAGAGGGAAUGGAGCUAAUUAGUCCGCCUUUUUACACAAAUCAAUAUGGUUACAAAUUACAGGCUUCAAUAUUUUUAAAUGGCAAUGGAACCGGUGAAAACACACAUCUUUCUACGUAUAUUAAAAUUUUACCUGGAGAGUAUGAUUCGCUUUUGAGAUGGCCUUUUGCUCACAGCGUAUCAUUUACAAUCUUUGAUCAAAUGACUCAGGUAGAGAAGGCCUGCAAUAUCGUAGAGAGUUUCAUUCCUGAUCCAACUUGGAAAAAUUUUCAACGACCAAGUCGCGAACCAGAUUCAUUAGGUUUCGGUUUCCCACGUUUUAUUUCUCAUGAGAUGAUCAAAAAACGUCAUUUUGUUAAAGAUGAUACAAUAUUCAUUCGAGUCAAAGUGGACCCGAGUAAAAUUGUAGCUGUUUAAUUUAUAUUAUAUGUGUUAUUUUUCAACCUAUAAAAAAUGUCACAAAAAUAUAGUAGUUACUGUUAUAUAAUAGUAUUGUACUGCCUAUUUAAUAUAAUUAUAAUUUUAGUUUUUUUAUUAACAUUUUUUUGAAUUAUUUUAUUACUUGCCUUAUGUGCUGAUAGGCUCGCUAGGUUUACCAAA